UUUGCUUAGCAGCUAGUCUGGAUCAUGCAUCCAGACAGGAUGGACAGUUUGAUCAAAGGACAUGGAAAUUUUUUGACUUUUCUUGCAACCUCCAACUGACUAUAUGUAAAGGAAUUUUGAAAUUCAACCAGCUUUAAAGCUCAUGUUCUUUUAAAAUAACCAAAAAUGCAAGUGUUUGUGUUCUGGCUGAUAGUGUUGUUGAAGCUAAACUUGGGAAUGAAACCAAUUAACAUGACAAAGGACAGGCCGCCCUGCCAGCCAGGUAGGUCUUAGCACGUCCAGGUUUGUGUUAUUCGUGGCAACAUGACAGCAGCAAAACAGAAAGCAGAACACUUCAAGAAGUUUGCAUGCCUCUAGGUUUCUACUGUCCACCGGGAAGCUUCAGCCCAGUCCCCUGUCCUAGAGGAACAUACGGACCAACGGUUGGAGCUGAAUCCAUGGAAAGCUGCUUAAAGUGUCCUCCUCACCACUACUGCCCUCGACCCGGGUUAUCAGCCUUCCUGUCCUGUGAGCCGGUUGCUCAGCAGCCGCUGUCUGGCCAAGACACAUGCAUCUGCCCAGCAGAGGGACAGAUUUUUCAGCCCAGUGAUGGAAGAUGCCUCUGCUCUAUUGGGUAUCAACCCACUAGCAAAGGAGACUUGUGUUCGCAGCAGCUGUACGAUGUCUGCAGGGACGGAACAUCUCGUACACAACAUGGAGACUGUUUUGGCAGAUCUCAGUGGUCACUUCACUGCAGCCAUGAGGUGUGCCAAAGUGCAGGGGACUACUCUGGUUAUGAUGGAGAGUUGGGCUUGUGCAUUUGUAAAGAGCUUCCAAGCAGAGCUGCAUGUGGAGGCCUGUGCAAGAGAAAACCAGCUGCUGAUCUGAAGCUAAAGAGUCUUUCCAGUGGAAGACUAGAACUGGUGUGGAGCUCUGAGAAUCAGGUGAACAGUGAAUGA